CGGACUCGCGAUUGUCGGUGUGUUGCCACCACACGGUUAUCAACGGUUAUAACCAUAGACCAAAAUUCAAUGGUUAUAACCACUGUAGAAUAUGUGUAACCGUGUUUGUAACCACCGUACCGUAGCGUAACUAGCGGCGAGUGUUGGCUUUAUGUCACUUUGAUCCCUCGACGAGUCACUCAGCAUUCUCUCUCGGCGCGCGUCCGUGUAAUCGACUUAUGACUGCUGUCGUCCGCGUCAACCCGAGAAAUCUAAUCUCUAACCUUGUUUAUCCUGCAGGUUUUUCCUCAACGUUUUCACGCGGUCCGGCUGUCAGCAGCAACAACACUCGUAGAAUGGCAUCGACAAGUCUGGAUUCGAUUUUACCUUGGCCCGCGUACUUCGAACAGAUCAUGAAAAAUGAAGGUAAGCAUAACAACACCAAUAUUCUUAUUUCGAUCCGAUCGUCGUUACUAUUCCAUAACGUGACAUCGUGCCCAAACAAUAAUGUAUCCGUAAUAACGUCCGUAAUAAUACCUAAUCAUGGAUAUCCCAGAAUACGCAUUUUUCCGACGCGGUUCUGUUUGUUCUUGUGUUUUGCGUUAACGUGUAAACAUGAAUAUGUACAACGUAUACCUAGGUGUUUUUCGAUUUUUCAGUAAUAUGAAAUCUGAUCAGUGGUUUUUGAUUCACAUUGACUGUGCGUAUAUUAUUGUUAAUUUACGCAGUCAUUUUGCGGUAAGCGAUAAUCUGGUUCCUGUGGAAAUCCGUGAGGUGCGUUGUUGAAAUGGAAAAGAGAGAGUGGUUUGUUUCGAGUGGAGUGUGAAGUAAUGCGGAGAGACGAUUUCCACCAAGUCAAGAGCGUCAAGAGUACUAUUAUGAAGAGAAGAGAUGAAAAUAAAGACAGUAUUUAUACGGCGGGAGACAAGAGUAGGAUUACCGAGGAAGGAGCGGACACGGUCAUAAUUAUGUGAUGGGUGAUCAAUAUUCAGCAAAUGAAAGAAAACGGUUCUGGAUCUGUUCAAUACACAGAUGGACACACCGUAUAAGUGUGUCAAACAAUGAUUCCAGGACAGCCAUACAGCAAUAUAAAGCAUGAAGAGAGGAGAAAAGGGAAAUUUUAACUUUAUCAUUGCAUAUUGCAACUUUUUGUGAUGAACGUAUAAUAAUAUUGUAUGAUAUGAAUAUCUAUUUAUUUAUUUUAUGAUAACUAUACAAAUUUAAUACAUUUGUUAUAAAUAGCCUGACAAUAACUUACAUAAAUAAAAUAAAAAAUAAGUUAAUAAUCCAAGACAUUUAUUACAAUUCUGAUAAUAUGAUAUUACCUAUGUAAUCAAAAUCUAUACAUUUCAAAUAUGUAUUAUGUACUUGUUUAAAAAUCUUCAGAAUAAAUUGAUUUUCAAAACAAAAUAUUACCUAUACCUAUUAUAAUAAUAUUUUAAUUUUUUCUUUUUUCUGAAUUUGGUUUUAAUACAAUCAUGCACAUUUUAUAAAAAAUAAUAACAAUAAAUAGGCAGGUAAAAUUAUAGGUAGUUAAGUGUCGUACAAAUAUAAUUUCAGUAUACAAAGUGAUCCACUUUACCGUGCAAAAAAAAUACACAAUGUAAAAUUCUAAUAAUUAUUUCAUGAAAAAAUAACAACAUUGUUAAAAAUGUUUGUAUUUUAAAGGUGUGAUAAAGGUGUUUCCUCUUCACCAAAAAAUUAGUAAUAGUAUUACAUAACAUAUUGUUAUAAUACAUUUUUAUUUAUGAAACAAUAAUGUUAAUAAUAUUCCUUUUUUUUAUGUAGUGUAUUUUUAGUUGUGUAAGCAUUAUAAAAAAUGUAUUAUUGAAAACACGUAUUACUGCGGUGAAGCAACAAAAUAUUUUCUAUUUGUUUUUUUCGAUUGUAGUGAAAAUAGAAUUGAUAGAAAAAAAGAUAGAAGUGUGUGAUAGAAUAGAUUGAUGUGUAAAAUUCAAAGAAUAAGAAUAAGUAAUUAUAUUAUAAGUUAUCCACUUGAUUAAAUUUAUAGGUACCAUUAAUAUAAACAAAUAACUGAUACUGCUGAAUGAUUUGACACUGUUGUAGAUGGAAAAUUGGGAUUGUAGAAUACACAAAGUAGUUUAAUUCAUAUCUGUAUACAAUUCUAAACUAAAGGUACAUAUUUUGAAAUGCUAUGAUUUUUACGAUUUUCAAAAUUAAACUUAUUUCCUAUAACAAAAAUAAAAAGUGACUACAUUAUGUUAUACUUUUUUUUUACUAACAAAGACAACUUAUGGUGAACUUCACAUUAAAUUUCCAUACAUCUUGGAUUGACGAAAAACAAUAUUAUCCAUUUAAAUCUAAAAAACCUCAAAAAUAUUGAUAACUAAAAAUUGUCAGUAUGUUUUGAAAAUUUGAUCACAUAUAUAAAAUGUCAUUAUUAGUGGAGUUAUUAGUAUUCGGUAAAAAUGUCAGGUUUCUCUGAUUAUUUCUACAACAAAAAAACUUAAUCAAAAAUUAUGAAACUUUGAUUGGCAUAAAUUUGUCUGGUUUUUCGAUAUUAUUUUGAAAACUACCAGGAAAAUCAAAAAUAUGGCCUUUCCAAUGUUCAAACCAAAAUCAAAAUACAACAAAAAUAGUUUAUUAUUUUUGGAUCGAAGCAAAAUUUCUAGUAAAAGUUCCUAACAGACAAAAAAUUAAAAAUCAACUCAUAGUAAAACCAACACAUUCUUUGCUACACUCAAAAUCUAAAAGUGUCCAACAAAUCAAGUAUAAAUUAAUGUAAUUUUUAAAAAUUCCUAACUUACUUUUUUUCAUAAAACGAAACUAUUAAUUAAGCAUUUUAAAUCCCUGUGUACAUAUUAUAUAUACUUAUAAAUUUAAUUUUAAAAGUUUCAAACUUUUUAGAAUGGUAUAAAUAUCCAUAUUUUAAUCUACCUGUAUAUUGUUUUAUUAAAUUUAUAACUUAAACAAAUUAAAAAGUAAAUUUUUUAUUUUUUUCAUCUGAUUGAUAAACUUUAAUCCAACUUUAUUCCUGAUUAUUAUUAGCUGCAGUCAUUAAUGAAUAAAUAAUAUUAAGUUUAUUAUUACAAAGAGAGGUCAAAUAGGUACCUAUUUAGAUAUUCAUAAAUAUUGCUGUGUCUAUGAAAUAAGAAAUUAGAAACCAUUGAAACUAAUUUAAUCGCCUGUCUUCAGUAAGUGUAUGCAUAUUUUUAAUAAAAGAUUGAAUUAAUUCAAAUGUAUUCUUAAUGAAUAUUUAUUUUAAAAAUUUCAUAUACAUUACGCAAAUGCUUGAUGUAUACAAUUGAUACUUUUCGGGUUUCCUAUUCUUAGACCAAACGAGUAAAUAUUGAUACCUAUUUUAAAAGACUUAAUCAAUUAAUUAUUAUAAUUAGUGAUCAUGAUAGCAAGUACUGCACAAAAAAUAGUUGAUAAGAACCCUUAGGCUUUACGCUCUAUGACUUAAGCUCACUUUAAACUCAAACAACUGACUAUAAUAAUGAGUACUGGAUGAGUUGUACUUGAUAUCUUGAAAAAUGGUUUAGUGUAGAAAAAUGUUUGAUAUAUUCAACGAGAUUAUUUCUAUAGGUAUUUUAAUAAAAUAAAAUCAAAAACUUCACAAUAAAAAAAAAAUUGAUUGAAAUAUAAAUAAAAAGACUUAAAAUAUUGAACCAAGAUAAAUUGAAAAAUAAGAAUCUUGUCAAGAAAUGCAUUGAUAAAAUAAAAUAAAGGUAGAUGAUAGCAUCUACUCCCAUCAACAUUGUUAUUUUACAUAACUAUUGUAAUUUUGUUAUUUGUGCAUACUUCUGUUUCUCUUUAACCGUAUGACCAAAUGUUUCUUACAGUGAUAUUUCUUAAAUAUAAAAUAUAUUAAGCUCACUGUGUUAUCUUAUAUCUAAUCCUAUGACUAGGUUUUAUAGGUUCCUAUUUAUAAUACAUUUAAUAAAUUAUAAAAAAUUAAUACAAAUUUAUAAAAACCAUAUCCACCUAUUUACUUUUGCAUCUUACAAAAACAAAAUAUUUGACUUGUCUGAUUAUUGUUUUUACAUUAUUUUAUAGUUAAACCAGGUGUUUAUAAACCAAUUGAUGGUUCACAACCAGAAGCUAAUAAGGAAUUAAACGAAAAAGUAUCUCUACAUCAAGGAGAUAUUACAAAAUUAGCAAUUGAUGUAAUUGUUAAUGCAGCUAAUUCAUCAUUACUUGGUGGAGGUGGAGGUAAUUUUAUAUUAUUAUUAAAAUUGUACAAUAAACAAUAAUUUUAUAUGUAUUUAUUGUUUGUUAAUUUAUAGUUGAUGGUGCUAUUCACAAAGCAGCUGGCCCUGAGCUCAAAAGUGAAUGUGCUAAGUUAAGGGGUUGUGAAACUGCUAAUGCUAAAAUCACUAAAGGAUAUCGACUUCCAGCAAAGUGUAAGUAAUUGUUUUGAACAAAUGCCUUAAAACAGUGUGGUCCAUAAAGUCUUUUCUGGACAACAUUUUUUUGAAAUUAUCUAUUUUCUAAAUGAAUAUGUUAAUUAUUGAGGUAAAAAAUAAUUUGAUACUUAUGGUGUUUUUUUAUUUUGUGUCAGUAAAACAAAUUAUAAAUUUCAUAGAAUGUCUAUUUAUGUAGCUUCUUUAUUAUAUAUUACACACACAUCAUGGUCUAUUUUUUGUAGUCUGAUCACUAGUCCAAAAUCCCUAAAGGUGUGAUUCCUUAGUGACGCGAUGCUAAUACGGCGUGACUCAAAUUUUGGCUGCGCUGGGACUUCUUUACCUAUUUUUAGAUGUAGCCGAUUCCCAACACUACGAGGGCUAUGUCCAGCUAUGACCACUUCAGAAGCAGUCAAGACGCAGUCACCUUUUCAAAAUUCAAUGUGUCUUCAAAAAUAAUCUGAAAAGUUGUCAGAAUUUUUUCUCAUCUCUAAACAAAUGUUUCUUGAUUAAAAUACUAAAAAAUCCAUUUUGAUGUAAUUUGAUCAAUAAUAAUUUCUUCUUCUUUUAUUUCUUCUAAUAGCAGUUUAAUCAAAACUUUGUUUUUUUUUAAAAAAACAUUGCUCAAAAUGAUUAUUAGUAAUCAAAAAUUAAAUAAUCACUUGUGUACUCAAUACAAGAUACAACGCUUUAAUAAUCCUAUAAUCAUUGUACUUAUAUGACUGAAAACCCAAAUGCGCAUUUUGUAGUUAAAAGAAUCAACAGUCAGUCGAGCCGCGCUGAUUGUGCGUCACAAAUUUAUCAUGAACUAGGUAUAAAACUGAAUAAAAAAUUAACUACGGUGUAUUUUGCUAAAUUUGCAGUAAUAAACUACUAUGUAGGUACUACAGUCUAUAUGUAGGUCCAUAAGCUAUACGUUUAAUACAUUUAAUGUUUAAGCCGAUAAAGAAAACAAUAAUAAUUCAAUAUAACCAUUUAGUCUGUAUUCCUGGUUUUUACAUUUAUUAUUAUUAAUAAGUUAUUAAUUAAAUUAAAAUAUAAUCGUUUAUUUAUAAUGUAAAUUCCAUAGCUAGAAUAAUUGCAAAAAAAAAAAAAAAAUACAAAAAAUUGGUUAUAAAUUGGUUUAUUUGGAAUCAAAAUACCAUGUAACGAAUUUAUGUAUAAAAAUUAAAUUUCUAUCUUGUAUAUAAAACAAAGAAGUAUAUGAUUUAAAAUCUGAGCCCUAAUUAUAAAUAAUAAUUUAUUUUUCACUUACAAAAACAUUAUUCGCAUAACUCCUGCAAGCUUUCUGUAUACACAGAUAUCCUAUUAUUCAACCAGUACUUAUAUUUAUCAAUUGGCCAUCCAAUUCCUAGGUUUCAAUGGCAUAUAAAUACUUUUGUAAACAUUUUUUAUUUAUUUUAUUAUGAAUUGAAAUUUUAGAUGUUAUCCAUACAGUUGGUCCAAGAGGAGAACAACCAGACAUACUACAAACAGCCUAUGAAAGUUGUUUGGAUUUAGCUGUUGAAAAAAAACUGAGAACAAUUGUAAGUUACAUUGGUUAAGUGUUAGAAGAAAAAUUGUAGUUUUUAAUUUGAUUUUAGGCUUUUCCUUGCAUUUCAACUGGAGUUUAUGGUAAAUAUUGCAUACCAUUUAGAUUAACAUUGUACAGGGUUAUUAAAAACUUUUUUAAUAAAAAAAAUAUGUUUAGGUUAUCCACAAGAAGACGCAGCCAUUGUCGCAUUGAAAUCUAUAAGAAACUUUUUGGAACAUGAUCAUAACUUGGUAAAUCAUAAUAACUAUUAUAUAAAUGUAUAUUUGUGUUUAGAUUAAUUAAUUAUAGAAUGUUAUUAUUUAAAUGUGCAUAGUUUACACAUUAUACACCUGAUAAGACCUGAUUUCACAUAACAGCUGAUUCAUAUACAUUUUGAGAAUAUGACUUUUGUAUCAUGUACAGAUCCUACUCAUAUGAGUUUGAGAAUAGGGUCUCUGGUAGAAAACAUAAGCCAUACAAAUUUAAAAUAAUAAAAUUGAUUCUGUAAAUUUGGUUGUUUUCAUUUUUCAUUAGUUUCUAAUUAUUUUGAAAACCAAUUUAGAUUAUCAAAAAAUGACCUCCUUUAAGUACCACUCAAAUAAAAUUUCAGUUCAGCAAAGUUACUACACAUGAAAAUCAGAGCAAGAUUUCUAGUAGAAAAAUCAUUUAUUGAUAACAAAAAAAAAAUCAGUAAUAAAUCAAUACAUUUCUCACUUUGCUCAGAAUCUAAAAAUUAUAAAAUGUUUGAACACUUACAACCCUUAGUUGGUUAUGUAUUUUUUUUUUAAUGUUAUUUUAGGUUGCAAAUUAUUUUUUCUCUUAAUCUAUUUAAAAAUUUACCCUAAUAGCUAACCAUACAAAAUAAAAUGUUUAGAUAUUUUUCUUCUAUGACAAUUUGUUUUAUAUUUAUUAUUGAAUUGAUUUAUAAUAUGUUCAUUUCUAUAAAUAAUUUAUUGGAACAAAAUUUAUAAUCAAUUAUAUUUUAAUUAUUUAUAAAAUGUGUUAAUCAAUUCUUCUUAACUUUUGAUUAUAGAUCCUGGUUUUAUAAUUUGUGUAAAGCCUUUAUAUGUUUUUAUUUCUAACUGAUGUUCUAGAAGUAUUAGUAGUGUAAAAAUUAGGGUUAAGGAUUUUAAUAUUUUCUAUGCCUAAAAUUGAAGAUGUUCCAGGUACAUUAUUAACAAACCGGUACCAAGUAUUAGCUGAAUAAUAAUGUAUAUAAAUACCGUGUACCAAGUAGUAGAGAAUUGAUAUUGGGUACUCAGUUAAGACUCAAUGGUUGGAUACCGAAACAUCCCUACCUAAAAUGUUCAAUAUCUUUUUAUUUUAUCUAUAAAUUUAACAGAAAUCAACUAAACUGAUUAUGUUUUAAGUUAAUUCAACUUUAUUUUAAUAUUCUAACUAGUUAUUGGAUAAUUUUGCAUCCUGUACCCUUUAUUGAAUUAUUAAUAUAAUUUUAUGCUGUUUGAAUGUGCUUAGAUUAGGAUUGUUUGUCAAAGUUGUGAUAUUCAUACUUUUGUAUUAUUUGAUAAGAUGAACUAUUAUAAUAUUUUUUUUGUUUCAGAUUGAACGCAUUAUAUUCUGUGUGUUUCUUGAUUCAGACAAAGAAUUUUAUGAAAAAUAUCUGCCAUUAUUUUUUCCUGUUAAGUAAUAAGAUUUCAAAAAAUUAAACCAUUAAAAAGCAGUAAAAAACUGAUAAGCAUAAUAACUUUUGAUUUGAUAAAUACCUAUUAUGUUUUGCCUUUUGAUUUAUUUAUAAAUUUUUUUUUUUUUAUGAUUAUAUUGUAGUGUGAUUAAUCUAUCAUGUUUAUUAUAUUGUAACAUGAAAUAAUUUAAAUAUACAAAUUUCAUUUAAAAAAAAAAAAAAUGUUAGUAACCACUUGAACAUCUGACAUCUAUACAAUAUUAUACACUUGAGUUCACAAUAGUUUAUAGCUGGAAAGAAAAGAAAAUUCUAAGAAUUUAUAGAAUACUUUACAAGUCAUUAACCUACAAUAUUUAUUUUAGUAAGUAAGUAAGAAAGAUUAUAAUGGUGCUGUUGUCUUCAAUGAUGGCUUUUUCUGGAUUAGCUAGUACUUUAUUCAUUAUAUUCAGGGUUGAGCAGUAUCAAAGAUACAAUUGUAUCAUGUCGAUUAUUUCGCUAAUAGGUACAAGAUAAUUUUACUGUAAAAAUAUUUACUGAAUAAUACCAAAAUAUCCAAUUUUGUUUUGCAGAACACUUAAAACUUAAAAUAAAUGUAAUAAUGUUAUAAACCUAAAACUUGUGAGAUAAUUUGAAAACAUAUUAAUCUCCAAAUCUAAAAUAGGUAUACGGCUGAAUACCUAUUUACUCUUACAGUCAUACAAAUAAGAACUAAACUAGAAUUUUCAUUCACUUAAAAUAUGAAUAACUGUAUAGUUAGAAACUUAACAUUUUCAAGAUGUUGAAGAUGAUGGAAGUAAUGUGCAGGCAUUUAUUCUUCCUCAUCAUUUAGGAUGUACUAGCCUUGCAAAUAUAACUAUCCUAAGUAUUUAUCCA